UAAGGGUUUAUCACAGAAAGCAUGCUAGGGUUCUGAAAGUGUUCUAGAUUCAUAAAGCAACUCUCUCUGUCACUGUCGCCGGAGAUUAUUAUUUCCCGAUCUGAUCGAAAGCAGGUCACCGGGAACAAUGGCGUUAGCUUUCGAUGAAUUCGGAAGGCCGUUUAUAAUACUAAGGGAGCAAGAACAAAAAACUAGAUUAAGAGGCCUCGAUGCUCAGAAGGCCAACAUUUCUGCCGGAAAAGCUGUUGCACGUAUUUUACGUACCUCACUUGGUCCUAAAGGCAUGGAUAAGAUGCUUCAGAGCCCUGACGGCGAUGUCACCAUCACAAAUGAUGGUGCCACCAUUUUGGAGCAGAUGGAUGUUGACAAUCAGAUUGGAAAGUUGAUGGUUGAGUUGUCACGAAGUCAAGAUUAUGAAAUUGGCGAUGGAACCACUGGAGUUGUUGUCAUGGCUGGGGCACUGCUAGAACAAGCUGAGAAGUUGUUAGAACGUGGUAUUCAUCCUAUUCGGAUUGCAGAAGGGUAUGAAAUGGCUUCAAGGAUUGCAGUUGAGCAUUUGGAGCGUGUAGCACAUAAGUUUGAAUUCGGUCUGAAUGACAUUGAGCCUUUGGUUCAAACUUGCAUGACUACUUUGUCAUCUAAGAUUGUGAAUAGAUGCAAACGUAGCAUGGCUGAAAUUGCUGUUAAAGCUGUUUUAGCAGUUGCUGAUUUAGAGAGGAAGGAUGUAAACCUGGACUUGAUCAAAGUUGAAGGGAAAGUUGGUGGGAAGUUAGAGGACACAGAGCUAAUUUAUGGUAUUAUAGUUGACAAAGAUAUGAGUCAUCCACAGAUGCCAAAGCAAAUUGAGGAUGCGAAAAUUGCAAUUUUGACAUGUCCUUUUGAGCCUCCUAAGCCAAAGACUAAGCAUAAGGUUGACAUUGAUACUGUGGAGAAGUUUCAAACUUUACGCCUACAGGAGCAGAAGUACUUUGAUGACAUGGUCCAGAAGUGCAAGGAUGUUGGUGCUACCUUAGUUAUCUGCCAGUGGGGUUUUGAUGAUGAAGCUAAUCACUUAUUAAUGCAUAGAAAUUUGCCCGCUGUUAGAUGGGUUGGUGGUGUGGAAUUGGAGCUGAUAGCAAUUGCCACAGGUGGGAGAAUAGUACCAAGGUUUCAAGAGUUGACACCUGAAAAACUUGGCAAGGCUGGUAUUGUUCGGGAGAAAGCUUUCGGUACAACAAAGGAUAGAAUGAUUUACAUUGAGCAUUGUGCAAAUUCAAGAGCAGUAACUAUAUUUAUCCGUGGUGGCAACAAGAUGAUGAUAGAGGAGACAAAACGUAGUAUCCAUGAUGCUUUAUGUGUUGCUAGAAAUCUUAUUCGCAACAAUUCAAUUGUAUAUGGUGGUGGUUCAGCAGAGAUUUCUUGCUCAAUUGCUGUUGAAGCGGCUGCUGAUAAACAUCCAGGAGUUGAACAGUAUGCAAUCAGGGCAUUUGCAGAUGCUUUGGAUUCUGUCCCAAUGGCACUUGCUGAGAACAGUGGUCUCCAGCCUAUUGAAACUCUAUCUGCUGUUAAGUCUCAGCAAAUUAAGGAGAAUAAUCCCUGCUGUGGAAUAGAUUGUAAUGAUGUUGGCACAAAUGACAUGCGUGAGCAAAAUGUUUUUGAGACCCUAAUUGGGAAGCAACAACAGAUUUUGCUUGCAACUCAGGUUGUCAAGAUGAUCCUAAAGAUUGAUGAUGUGAUUACUCCUUCCGCGUAUUGAUGUUAAGUAUGGAAAUGCAAAAUUUUCUUCGUCUUAGAGAAGAUGAACGUUUUCCUUCUGGCUAUGCAAACCAGAAGUUUUGUUGGGUGAAACUUUCACGAUUUUAUGCUUUGGCUUCUAUGUUGUCUAUUUGAGUAGAAUUUUUGUGGUUGAUGAAUUUCACUUGAUUGAUGAUCAGUUUCUGUCA